AUGGCAAGGUCGCCUAAGGAUGAUCCGAUAUACAAUGAUAUGAAACACAAUACAUGGAACUAUCAUGCGGAAACCGCUGAAAACUGUGCACCUGGCGCUUUAAAUGAGAGAAACCAACCGCCAAUCUCAUCAAACCCGAGCGUCAUGAGCGAUAAUAGUAUGUACGUCACUCAGAAUUUCGUCAACGAUGUUUAUUUGAACAAGCAUACUUACAAUGUGCAACCAGGCGAUGCCGCUGCCAACAAAGACGAGAAGAUACCUUACAACAGCAUGCCGAAUGUACUUCGCGCUAACCAAAACUAUGCUAUGCUCAAGCUGAGUAAUGGACAGUUCAUGCGUGUGUUUUAUGACGAGAACAAUCAACAACUAAUUGUACCUAUGUCUGGUCAGUAUGAAUUGUUUAAUCAUAAUCAAGGAUUAAGGGAUCCCUUACAGAUACCCCAGCCCUCACAUCUGUUCACAUUGAAUCAAGACUUCUCUAUGAACAACAAUAAUCUCCAUAUACCACAAACAAAUACAGCUCGAGGAAAUUAUCAGGAGAAUGUGAAUAACCAAUUGCCCACUUCAAACUUCUUGAAAGAUUUAUUGGGCAACUUGGAACCUAAUUCCACAGGUACAUACUCACCUUUUGGACAAAAUUAUCCUCUGAAUCAUCCAGAUGCUUCCAACAUGAACAUACUUAUGAAUAACCCUGUAAUUGAGCCUUUAAAUAAUCAGGUAUUACAACCUGAAAAUUCUCCAAAGAGAAAUGAAAAUAGCCCUCUUGCUGAUACCAGCACAAAAAAGCGUAUUGUCGCAGAAGUUAAACCUAUGCGUCCAACAUAUUCAGAUGUGCUAGCAAAGAAUACAAAAAAUACUCUUCAAAAUGAGACCACACGUAAAGUAAAACCACAGAAUACAGAAAUAAAAACAGUCAAUAAUAAAUCUAAUAUCAAGCCUGAAAAACUGUCUAAUAUCAAACAAGAUGGCAGUAAACACAAAAAUGAAAAGAAACAUAGCACCAACACCAUAUCGUCAGGUAGUGAGUCUGGAGACAUCAACACGGAUGAUAAUGAGAAACGUUCUAAACCAAACAAAAAAUCUAAGAACAAACGUAAUAUCUCCCGAAAGUGGUCUUCUUUAGAUGACAUCACUAAUGAAGAAGAUGCAGGCUACAGUCAUGGCAAUGAAAGUCAGUUUGUGUUUAUUGAAAACCAUGAAAAGCCUUCAAAAAGGAAUAAGAAAAAUGACAGUAAAACUAAGACAUUGGACAAGAAUGGAGUAACUGAGGAUGAGUUUAAACUUGAUGAGGAAGAUGACCAGUCACAGUUUGUCAUUCAAGAAGGACAGAAUGACAGUGCAAGGGCUAAAAAGAGAAAAGAUGGACGUAACGCAAAAGUUAUUAAACCUGUGCAGGAUAAGAAAAAGAGUCAGUGUAAACAGAGAAGGAAUAAACCAGGAUAUUUGGGAUUAGCUCAGAAUUAUCUGGAACAUUGGGGAGGAGCAACAUGGAAGGCUUUGGUCUGGUUUAUUUAUCUACUCUCCGAUAUAUGCCGCAUGAGUUUUCAUCUAUCCUUUGACUUGUGCACAUCGGUGUUCACUCAGACGUAUGUGAGCUCUCAAGCAGUUUGGCGCAGCAGUAAGGACUACAUAAGCAGGCUUGGCGACAAUAAAUACUUGCUUUAUAUAGAUCGAAAGUUUGGACAUACGAGGCUCGGCUUUUGGAGGAAGUGGAAGUGGUUUAAAAAAGAAGUUGAAGCGGACAACGGAAAUGAUUCGACCAAACUGAACGCGAAUAUACCAUUACCGGCGACCGGUGAAGAGGCAAUGAAGAGACUGCUAGCUUGCAAGGGAAAAGAUCCUUACAGUAUAUUAGGUGUGAGCGUGACAUGCACAGACGAAGAAAUAAAGAGGUACUACAGACGACAGGCCUUCUUAGUGCACCCAGACAAAAACCAACAGCCUGGCGCUGAAGAAGCUUUCAAGAUACUGCAACAUGCUUUCGACCUUAUAGGAGAGCCGGAGCGGCGCGAGGCGUACGAGCGACGCGCGCUGGAGUCGCGCCACGUGGAGGCCGCCUGGAGCGAGCUCAGCCAGCUGCUCGCGCAACUGCACGACAAGAUGGAGUUCGCCGCCAACACCAUCAGAUGUACAAAUUGCGGUCGCCGACACAAGCGAGUGUUGACGGACCGGCCUUGCUACGCAGCCAGGUACUGCGUGCAGUGCAAGAUCAGACACUCCGCCAAAGAGGGUGACAUAUGGGCAGAGUCGAGUAUGAUGGGACUACUCGUGAUGUACUACGCCUGCAUGGACGGCGCCGUGUAUCAGAUCACGCAGUGGGCUAGUUGUCAGAAAAAGAACUUGAAGCAACUGAGGCCCGACUGUCACGUGGUACAGUACAGAAUCGUACUUGGGAAUAAGGCGGCCGCAGCCACAGAUAUCAACCAGCGACCAUCUACCGGUCACGAUCCUAACCUCGAAGAGUUCCUCAAUAACCUCUAUAACAAGUCCGGUGUGUCACCAAACGCAACCAGCGCCAAGCAGUCACCCACCGAACCCGCGGACGCCAAGAAGCGACGUAAUAAAAAACCUAAAGCAUAA